AUGGCUAAGAGGAAAAGGAAAAACGGAUCAAAGGUGGAGAAAUCCAGAACACGAAAGAAGCCUCUUGCUUUUUUCAAACCAUUUAUUCUUGAGACUUGCUCGAGUAGAUUGAUGCUUCCUUUGGCUUGGACGGAGAUCAUGGCAGGAAAGCUACCAAGCAAAGCAUUUCUGAGGGAUCACUAUGGGAACAUAUGGCCUGUGGAGAUUGGCAAUAUUGACAACAAAACUUAUUUCCUUGAGGGGUGGACAAGGUUCAUCAAACAAAACCACAUGGAACACGGAGACUUCUUCAUUUUUCAGUAUGAUGGAAUCCAUGUUUUCAAUGUGAAGUUAUUUGGAACCGAUUCGUGUGGUAAAAGAGGAGUUGGAAGUCUAGUCCAUAAAUUAAAGAAAGAGGCUGAAGCAGAUCAAGAAAAUGACCUAGAAGUUCAUCAAAGUUACAUCAGUGAAGAAGAUGAUAAAAAUGAACCAAAAAAGGACAGAGAAGAAAAUUAUGGGAUGGAAACAGUAGAUGUCAAGCAAAUGAAUUCAAGUCAGUCAUCUGAUACCAACAAUGGCUCAGAAAAUGUAACUGUUGGGAACGAAGGAGCCGAAGAAAGUCAUCAAUCUAAGAGGAAGAAAUCCGUGGAUCCUCAUGGCUACAAAAUUUUCAAAUCUGGAAUUGUUCCGCGACCUCAAAAUCCAUAUUUCAUCGCAGAAAUAAAGAAGAAGAGGCAAGAUGAGCUGUUCGUCCCAACUGAAACUAUCAAAGCCUACAAACUUAAACUCCCAGCCGAGACCUUCUUGCGUGACCCUCGGGGGAGAGCGUGGAAUUCGACUCUUGUUGUUUGGAAAGAUGGUCGUUCAUGUCGCCGGCCGGAAUCAAUGGCGUAUAUUGGUGGCGAAGUCGGCGUCAUUUCAGCAGUGGAGUCACCGGAAAUUGUUGUUUCUUUUGCCGACGGUGAUAUGAGAGUUCCACGGGAUUUUGGCGGAGAACGGGAUGUUGUUGAGUGGCUGCAAUAUUUUGAUUCCUUCGGCUCACGUUUUCCGAUUCCGGAAUUAGAGAGAUUCGGCUGUGUGCAGCAAUCACUGAUUGGGGUUGCUCAAGAUUGGUACCAAAUUCUCAUGGCCGGGAAUGAACAGUUGUCUUGGAGUGGUUUCUCUGAGAAGUUCAUUCGUCGUUUUGGUGGUGAAGGAUCGAAAGAGCACAAGUUUGCAUUGGAAACCGAUGUCAGUUCAACAACGAUUAUGUAUUCAUCACUAGAAAAAGGUAACACCCUUAUUUUGCAAGAUUCGGAUGAAGCCUUCAUUUCCGAUGUUGUUAAGACUGGUGAUGAUUGUGUGAUUCUGGAUAUGACUAAGAAUGGGGCAUGCCAUGAAUUUUUUACUGUUGAUGAUAAUUUUCUAAUCGAUGAGUUUAUAUUUACUGGUUAUGAUAUAAACAAUGCUCCCUUAGACUCUUUGGUUCAUGAUUCUGAAAAAUUGACUGGUGCUAGUGCUACUUUGAUUAGUGCAACUGUUAAUUCUGGUGAUGAAGAGGAUGAUUAUGUCUUCUAUAACUUGAAUGAUGAAAUUUUAACUCCAAUUGAUAAGUAUUUGGACGUUGCCUUUGAGUCUUUGAAAGGAUUGAGGGUUGUGGUGUUGACUGUUUGGAUAUUGAUGAAAAUGCUAUAUGCUGCUGUUCAUGAUCCCUUGUUGAAAAAAAAAAGUGAAAAUUUUAUGAUGUUGACUGAUGAAAUUUCAACUCCAUUUGAUGAGUAUCUAGACGUUAACUCUCAGUAUUCAAAAGGGGUAAAUAAGGAUGAUAGAUUGCCUGAAAAUUUUGAUGGAAGUUAUAUGAUGUGGAAUGAUGAAUUUGAUGAGUCUGAGUGUUUGAAUGAAGACCAUUAUUCAGUGAUUAUAGGCAUCGGGAACGAACAUAGUUUGAUCAACAAAAGAAGCCAUAUGACUUUAUUUGCUAAUGAGCCAAGUAAAAUGGGAAAUCAUGUCAUUGUUGAUAAAGAUAGUGAACUUGUAUCAGUUAAAUGUGAGGACAACCAUGGUGGAAAUGGUUUCAUAAACAGGGGGAACCUUCUAAGUUCAUUUCUUGUUGAUCCAGGGGGACUUAGAGAUUAUAUUGUUGUUGGUGACCUCUUGGGUGUUGAUUUGGAGCUGUGUGUUAAGUUUGUUUAUUCAUAUACACAUUUGAAUGAGGCUAAUGAGCUUAGAAGGAUUGUGGAUGAGUUCAUUGGAGAACUUCUGUUUGUGAAGUUAUUUGCAAUUGAACCAGGAGGAAAUCAUUUUGCUAAUAAUUUGGUGAAUGAUCUAAUUGAGCGUAAUGAUGGUUUUGGUGUUAUUUCUCUUGAAUUUUUGGGUGAUGAAAUUGUGCAUAUAGCUGCAGUUUGUGAAACUUGGAUGAAGGAAUCUGUUAAGGAUUAUAAUGGGACUGAGAAUAAGUGGUUCUUUGGAGAUUAUUGUGUGAUCAGAUUUCCAGCAUUUGGGAUUUUGGGAUGA